AUGGCAUAUAGCUUACGUCGCGCUGCCGAAAAAGUGAAGAUCAUCGUCAAAAUGAAUCGGUGGACGCGGAGUCAGACCGCAGGAAAGGGUAGGGAUUUCGAUUCUAGCGGGCGAUGCUUCUUUCUCGAACUGCCAACCGAACUACUAUUGGCGAUCAUUUCCCAUCUAUCGGUAAUACCCGAGGCUUGCCUAGCGCUGACAUGCAAGCGACUUUACUCAAUAUCCGGGGCGAUCCUGGGAGCCAAAGCUCUCCACUUCAAUCGCGACUUCGCACCACUUUUUCACCACUACCGGAAUGGCCACAAUUUCGUCACCCCGCGGUGGCAAUUCAUCAGUCUGCUGGAAGACGGCCGCUGGCGGGCCUGCUCGAAAUGUUUAAAACUACAUCUACGGAGCUCGUUCCCUCCUCGCGAGCUGAGACGGAAGUCCGAUGAGCGAGCAUGCAACUUGGGUAACUCUGCGGGCAUCGUGGAUCUAUGCCCAUGCAAGAAGCUCACCUUCCAGGACAAGACGGAUCUCGUACAGCUUUUGAAAACCCGACAGAGAUCAGUGGACGCCCUUACCCUGCAGUUUGGGAGCGGCAUUCAGCAGCAGCGCUUUUGCUGGCACUCCUGCAAGGAAAACUAUGGAUCCACGCAGCUUGAGAUUGCGAUCUAUCCUGAGCUGGACCAAGACGACUUGUUGAGGAUACAUACAGAGUAUCAUAUGACAACAGGGACUGGCCAGCUUGGCAGAGAAGAACACAUCACCCCUCGCUUUGGAUGCGCUCACCGAUCAGUCGACUUGUGGUUAUCCAGUGUCUGUCAGACCACCAUCUGUCGUCUCUAUGACAGCCACUGUGCCUCGUGCAAGCGGAUAUCAGUCUGCAACACAUGCAACGCCUCUUUGAGGUGUCCUCGCAAACAGCCCUGUCGGAUAGAUGAGGUGAUGGACAAAGCUACCUACCAUUUCUGGACCGAAAGGUGCCUUGGAGGCACAAGUUCGGUUCCCGAUCAGGCAUGGGCUUCUCAGCGGAUACACCCCGCGGAGAAUCUGUUUGAUGCUACCAAUUGCAGUGAGAUGUGUCCUUGGACUAUUCGAGAACAUCCUCCUCUGGAAGAAGCCCCGACUUUGGGGAUGAACAUACUUGAGCCUGCGAUGCAAGACCACAGAGCGCAGUGGAUAAAUGAGCAUCUUCUGCGUCCUGGGGCGAUGAGCUACCCACCACCCCACAACGGCCAAUAUCCUUCGCAAUACAUGCAACACCCCCCCAAUCUCCCGCUCCACCACCAGCAGACCAUCCACCCGCAGCAGCUCCUUUACGAUAACAAUGUCAACACGACUGCUUCGCCAUAUCAAUAUGGCAAACAGAUUGUCUACCCUCAGGUCAUGAUCCCGGCCUAUCCUACCUACACUCAACCCUACGCUCCGCAGCAACCACAGCAACAACAACCACAGCAACGACCACAGCAACAGUCACAGCAGCAGCAACCACAAUAUGUGAAUCCCUCCGAGCUGUUCCAACCGCCCCCUCUUCCGGCUACCUCACCUCCUCGAUUCUUACACACUUCGUCCCAGUACAACGCGACACCUGCAGUCACUGUCACUGACAGCAUACAUUCCCCUAUACUUUCCACUUCGACCCCUGCUCAGCCUGCCUACUAUGCCGAUCCAAGCCCCGACCCAGGGAAUCAGGCCUCCUACAACAAGAACGCCCAAGCUACGUCGAAUCCACCAGUGGUCUCAGCACCAUCUGUGUCAGCACCCUCUGUGUCGGCACCACCCGUAUCAGCACCACCUGUUCCAGCAUCACCUGUGAUCGCCGCGCCCGUUGCUGCUAUCCCCAUCGCUGCUAAAGUGGCUGCGACUAAGUCCGUAUCUGCAACCCCAUCGGCUCCAUCCCCAAAGCCCGUCCAGGUGCUCAUUCCCGCACCUUCACCAGAUGUGCAGCAGAAGCUGCAGCGACAGUCCCCCACAAAACCCACCCCCAAACAAACACCGCAGCACCCGAUGAAAUCCUCCACACAGAAAUCGGCCAAGACCCCCGACUACCAGCUGUUGCUGUUGGCUAUGGCGGAUGAGUAUCUCGAUGCGGCGCACAACCAUGGGACCAUGGUGGCCUUGCUAAGACGGGAGAUGGACAUGGAAGAGUACUAUAAACUGGUGGCAACAGGUCUCGGAUGCUUAGAGGCGGUAUUAAAGAACUGGAGACUUCAACCUCGAGUUGAGGCUCUUGUGCGGUUGCGCUAUGCGCGGAUUCUGUUCGAGGAAACAGACAAUGAUCUCGAGGCUGAGACAGCUUUGAGCAAAGGCAUUGAUUUGUGUGAGCGCAACCGCAUGUUAGAUCUGAAGUAUAGUAUGCAGCAUCUCUUGGCUCGGAUGCUACACAAGACGAACCCGAAGGCCUCAAUGAAAGCCGUCGAUGGCAUGAUACAAGAUGUCGAAGCUUAUCGCCAUUCGGCCUGGGAAUAUGCCUUUCGCUUCCUUCGCGCAUCGCUCUCACUCUCUUCCCACGCCCAUCAAGAUUCUGUCUCAGCACUACAACACCUCCAUAAAAUAGCCAGCAUGGCCCAUCGCAAUGGUGACAAGGCCGUUUCAGCUAUGUCUGCUAUAAUAGAAGCCCUUGCACAUUUGCAGCAAGGCACCGGGUCCGACGCGAUCGAGCAGGCUCAACGCGCAGUGGCGGCAGCACGAAGCCAUCAGUUGAACGAUGAUCUUCGUCACAUUCCGCAGCUUACGACGCUGGUCCAGAUUGUCGACAUAUGCUGUAGUCUUUUGGACUACGACGUCAACCAAUCGUCUCAGAAGCUGAAAGUCAUGCAAGACAUGAUGGAUGAGCGAUUAAAUGACUCAAACUGGCGCGAUGACGGGUCCUUUUCCAUCCCUCUGAGUGGCAAGUCGGCUGGUCCUUCUUCCAUUGACACCGGAGAUAUUCUCCAGGUACAGAGCGGCACCCUAUUGUUGAGCUUCAACUGGCUCCCGCAACACGACCUGUAUGCACUUUGCUAUUUCCUCAGCUCCAUCACUCUCAGCUGCAAAAACUCCUAUGACGGACGCAAAGCGGAGAAGUUCCUCCAAGAGGGCAUACGCAUGGUAAAAGGAAGUUUCAAAGCGCCACAAGAAAUUACUGAGUCUGUGGUAAAUGCUAACAGACGCGUCGAAUGGCGCCGAACCCUCUACUGCAGUCUCCUCGUUCAACAAGUCUUUCUCGCCUGCGGUCGCACCGACUGGGAUCUGGCCACGAAAACGUUACACGAAUUGCGACAAGAAGCCCUAGGUCUCGGUGGCCAGCUUCCGGAGACCAUCAAAUGCAUGAUGGACUACGCGAGCGGCGCCAUCGCCCAAGCGACAGGCGAUUUGGAUGCAGCCCUCCAGGUGUUCCAGUCCACAACCCUCUCUCUGCACUCCUCGUCCACCACCACCAGCAAAGGCGCGCGCAACGACCCCCGCCGGGACCUUGCGAUACUAUCCGCGCUAAACACCGUCCUCAUCCUCAGCGAACCAUCUCACCCGUCCCAUCACCAACUCCCCGCCAUCCUAGCCACCGUCGAACCUUUUUGUACAUCUAGCCCCAGUAAAUACAUCCAAGCCGCCUAUUACCUCGUCUGCGCUACCGUGCAGACCGAAUCAACCAUUCAAACCAAACAACACCUUCAACAAGCCCUACAAUCGGCCACAGCCAUCAGCAACAGCCAGAUUACCUGCAUGACCCUCACUUUCAUGAGCUGGAAAUACUUCCGCGGCGUCGUCGGCGAGCAGGCCGAGAAGAGCGCCCGGGCCGGUCGCGCCAUGGCCCGAAAGGCCAACGACCGCCUUUGGGUCAGCGUCACCGACGAAAUGCUCGCGGAGACGCUGGAGCGGCAAGGCAAGAACGAAGAAGCCUUGGGAGUGAGAGAGGAAGGCCAUCGGGUGAUGAACGGCUUACCGGCGGCCCUAAGGAGGGCUGUCUAA